CGCGGGGGGAGGGGAAGCGUUCGGGAAAGCUGUUCGUCUUCUUUUAAAAAUAUAUUUCAGGUGUGCAGCAUCAGAGUUCAACAUAUUUGCACACUGCAGCGUAGUCACCACCUCAAGUCUCUAGCUUCCAUCCAUUCGUAUACAUUUAACCCACUUCAUGCAUUUCACCCACCCCCCUGGAAGCUGAUGGUCCUGCGGUCGCAGAGCUGAUUGGCUGAUCUUGGGCGUCUACGCCGCCCGGUUUUCCGGAAUUUGGGUUGAGCUGGGGAAAAUCGAGUAUGGCCUCGUUUAGUCAGCGUGUCUUGUUGAGUCAGCCCUUGCGCGAGCUGCAGGGACCUCUGCUCCCACCCAAGGACCUGCUGGAGGCGGAAGAUGAUUAUCUGAGGGAGGAUGUGGAGGAUGAUGAAGACACGGUGUUUGUCGAUGCUGAGGAACUCUGCAGUGGGGGCAUAAAGGCUGGCAGCCUUCCCGGGCGGCUCCGUGUUUCAAUUUUGGAUGAAAACACUCAACAACAAUGUGACGUGUUUGGCCGUUUUCCAUUAAUGGGGGCUUGGUGGCGAGUGAAGGUACAGGUAAAGCCUGUAGGAUCAAGGAUCUAUCAAGUUCAAGGAUAUCCAUCUUACUUUUUACAGUCCGAUAUGUCACCACCAAAUCAAAAACAGAUCUGUUCCCUCUUUCUUAAAGACUGUAAUGUCUCCAGUGAUAACAGAAUGAAAUUUUUAGCAUGGGUGAAUGAGAGAUCGAACUAUAAAGACCUCAACUUUGCAAAUCUUAGGGAAACAUUACGAGCUUACCAAGAGGAAGUUGGAAGGAAUGGUCAAAAACAAUCUACACAAAAAACACAGGACACGUCAUCCCCAGAUGACAAGGUAUCACUUCCUCUGGAAAACACAAUUCCAUUUAUAACUGUAAUGAGAGCUUUGCAGUUUCCAAAAAUAAUGGAAUUCCUCCCAGUUCUUCUGCCUCGACACUUUAAACGGCUCAUAAGCUUAGAUUCUGUACAGGUGUUGGAAAAGAUAGAAGAGAUUUUAGGUACACAGCCAUGGAAACUUGGAUUUCAUAAGAUAACCUACAGAGAAUUGAAGCUUUUGCGGUGUGAGGCAAGCUGGACAUCAUUUUGUCAGUGCAAAUCUCUUCUCCAGUUGAUGACCGAUUUGGAGAAGCAUGCAUUACUCAUAUAUUUUCAACUGAAGCGCAUCUGUAGAGAGCAGGGGCACACGUGCGUUGAGAUAGCGGACUUCACUUCUCAGUUGUUAGACUCUAUGUCUAUUCAUGAUGCUUGGCAGUCGCUGAAGUUCUUGAAGGAUAUCGGUGUGGUGACCUAUGAGAAGAGCUGUGUCUUUCUCUAUGACCUUUACCAGGCAGAAAGAGGCAUUGCCUCUUCGAUCAGUGACCUCAUGACAAGGCCACCAUGGCAGUUACAUGUCGAUGUCAAAAAGGUGCUUGCGUCUCUCUCCACCCCAAGACCUGAGAAUCCAGGAAGUGAUGAUAGACCGAAUGAGAGUCAGCCUGAUGGAACAAGAUCAGAAGAGCCGGUGGACAUUCCGAACACCCAGGACCGUGGGGACCAGAUUUGUGACAAUGGUGAAAAUGAAGUUAAGGCAGAAAUCAGUGACGUUCAGCUGGAUCAGGAUCAGGUGGCUGCUUUGGACAUGAUCUGCGCCCAUGCUGUGACAGUCAUAAGCGGGAAGGGCGGUUGUGGGAAGACCACAAUCGUGAGCCAGCUUUUUAAGCAUAUAGAGCUAUUGGAAGAGCGAGAAGUGAAAAAAGCCUGCGAAGAUUUUGAGCAAGACUGGGAUGUACCAGAUGAAUGGAUGACCUUCACCGAGCAAAGGCAGCUGCAGGCAGGCAAGGCUAUCGAAGUUUUACUUACAGCACCUACAGGGAAAGCAGCUGGCUUACUGAGGCAGAAGACUGGUUUUGAUGCUUAUACAUUACAUCAGGUCAACUACAGCUUCUAUAUAUGGGAGAAGAAGACGACCAAGGACAUGCCAUGGAAAUUUUCUUCGGUUAGAGUUCUGGUGGUGGAUGAAGGGAGUUUGGUAUCCGUAGGAAUCUUCAAAUCGGUUUUAAACUUAUUGUGUGAGCACUCCAAACUUUCUAAGCUUAUAAUCCUUGGUGAUAUUAGACAGUUACCCAGCAUUGAACCUGGUAAUUUGCUGAAAGAUCUUUUUGAGACUCUUAAGACAAGAAAUUGUGCUAUUGAACUAAAGACAAACCAUAGAGCAGAAUCUGAACUAAUUGUGGACAAUGCUACAAGAAUCUCAAAACGCCAGUUUCCAACAUUUGAUGCAGAGCUGAAUAUCUCUGACGAUCCAACAUUCCCUGUCUCAAUACAAGAUAAAUCAUUUAUUUUUGUCAGACUCCCAGAAGAAGAUGCCAGUUCUCAGUUCUCAAAAAAUAAUCAUCACCCUCAUUUAUAUUCUGCCGUUAAAAAUUUACUCAAAGAAAAGGACCUAGAAGAUGCAAAAACAUCACAAUUCAUUGCAUUUCGAAGGCAGGACUGUGACGUGAUCAAUGCCUGCUGUUGCAAGCACUACACGGGCCGUCUAAUCAAAGACCAUCAGAAUAGGCUUGAAUUUGGAGUCGGCGAUAAAAUUUGUUGUACCAGGAAUGUGUAUCUCUCAGAGUUACUCCCUGAAAAUACCUCAAACGGUCAGCAAAAUGAUGAAGCAGACGCCAGUGGUAAAGACUUGAAUGGUAUUCCUCACGGUUUUGCUAAAAACAAGCAUGACUUUGAAAGUGGUAUUCGCCUCUGCAAUGGAGAAGUGUUUUUUAUAACAGGGGAUAAAACUGAUAUCACUUGUGGAAAGAAAAGAUUUUUGACCAUUAAUAAUAUGGCUGGCUUGGAAGUAACUGUGGAUUUUGGGAAACUAAUGCAGUGCUGCCACAUAAAACAUGCAUGGGCAAGAACUAUUCACACGUUCCAGGGGUCGGAGGAGAAGACAGUCGUGUACGUGGUUGGGAAGGCGGGCCGCCAGCACUGGCAGCACGUGUACACCGCAGUGACCAGGGGCCGCUGCCGAGUGUAUGUCAUUGCGGAAGAGUCUCAGCUUCGCAGCGCGAUCCUGAGAAAGAGUGUUCCCAGAAAAACUCGCUUAAAACAUUUUUUGCAAAACAAGCUCUCCAUGAGCUGUGCAUCUCCAGAAGCGUUUCCAUCCCCUUCAAAGAGCCCUGGAGACGGCCGGAGACCCCGCACACAGCGGUCAGCAUCCCCCCUCCCUACAGUCCCAGCCGACACGGUGACAAAUGACGUCCCUGGAAACGAGGCCGCUGCGGCUGGUGACAUGCUGUUUACCGUUGCCAAAGGAGGGGACUUGGAUUCAUCCGACGAAGUGGAUACAACUGAGGAUCCAUCACAACUGAGAGGGUCCAAAAGAACGUGCUGCAUGAACGACGAUGAAAGUCCAAACAAAAUUCUCAUGGUGGAAGAAUCUCCACAAGUAUCUUCCAAGCUUCAGAAUUUGAGACUAAAUAGCUUAACGCCCAGGCAACUUUUCAAACCCAAAACUAAUCAAGAAACUUAAUUUUAUUUCAGAUAGCUUAAAAUAAUUGUCUCUUUUUUUACCGUCCAACACAAAAUGAACAUCAUAGCUUCAGAGGAUCAAGACAAAAGAGGAUGUCUAUUAACUGGAGUUUUAAGGCGUUUUUGUGAGCAGAUGUUUUAAAUUUAUUUCAUCAAAGAAAACCUUCAUGAUUUUGAUGUGUGUCCUCAUGAGAACUGGUAGCACUGUUCAUAAGUGAAGGGAAAAAAAUAUAUAUAUAUAUUUUUAAAACUCUGUAUUUUAAAAGUUUUUAGAAUAAUGCCUUAUUAACUUCCAUCAGCAUUGCGGAUGAUCUUUGCCAAUGGGUUGAAGCAACGGUAAAGAUAAACUGAGCUGCAGCUCUUAAAUUAUUGACAUAUUCUAGGACAUUGUAUCUUUUGCAAAGUGGUCAUCUCACAAGGCUGCCACCUGCUCUGUCCCUGCUGCCUGGGCCCACUGCAUCUGGUUCAUUUUCCUGGAAGUUCCAUCUGAGUUGGAAGCUCAUCCUUUUUUGUUUUUGUUUUUAUUAAUUUGAGUUGUAAUUGACACGUAACACUGUGUAAGUUUAAGGUGUGCAUCAUGUUGAUUCAUUACUUCUAUAUUGCAAUAUAAUUACUGCUGUAGCAUUACCUAGCCUGUCUAUCAUGUCAUAUAAUUAUCAUUUCUUAUGAGAGUACAUAGUUUUGAAGAUAUUCUACAUUGGAAUUUUUUUUUCUUUAAGAGUAAUUUAUUUUUUUGAGAGUUUUACUUAUUAUUAUUGGUAAAAGAAAAGAUUAGGAAAAAAUAUACCUGUUAUCCUCCUGCCUUAAAAACAGCCUCACUGAGAUAUAAUUCACACCCAUUUACACAGUUGAGUGGCUUUUAUUAAAUUCACAGAGUUGUGCAACCAAUGCCACAGUUGAUUUUAGAACAUUUUUAUUGUCCUGUAACUCUUAGCUCUAAUCCCUUUAUCCCCUUCAUUCUUAGAGCUGCUACUCUUUGUCUCUCUUGACUUGCCUAUUCCAGACAUUUCAUAGAAAUGGAAUCAUACAACAUAUGAUCCCUUGGUACUGACUUCUUUGACUUAACAUGUUUUCAGACUUCAUCCAUGUUGUAGCAUGUCACAGUGUUUCACCUCUCUUUUUUAAAAGAGUCUAAAAAAUUAUGUGGAGUUCCCACUGUGGUGCAGCGGAAACGAAUCUGACUAGGAACCAUGAGGCUGUGGGUUCAACCCUUGGUCUCGCUCAGUGGGUUAAGGAUCCGGCAUUGCCGUGAGCUGUGUUGUAGGUUGCAGACGCGGCUUGGAUCCCUCGUUGCUGUGGCUCUGGUGUAGGCCGGCAGCUACAGCUCCUAUUAGACCCCUAGUCUGGGAUCCUCCAUGUGCCAUGGGUGCAGCCCUAAAAAAAAAAGACAAAAGACCAAAAAAAAAAGUGCAAAAAGCUAGCAUUAUAUCUUUUAUUGGAUAGAUGUCUUGGAUAAUCCAUCCAAGAAGGACCACUCUGUCCAACUUGAUGAGGCCUAUAUCCUUGGUGUACUUGUGGAGAAACUGGCAGCUUAUAUUGAAGUGGUAUUUCCAGGUCAGAACAUGCUGGUUUGAGCUGAUGUGGUAUGAUCAGGAACCUUGGCUAAAUUCUUGUAGGUGGCUCCAGUUGAGCUGCUGGUGACCCAUCUUGCCUUCAGUAGUGCAGGGAGGCAAAAGGCCUCUACCUCUUUUUAUUACCAAGUAUUCCAUUUAUGGUACUUUGAAUUUAUCCAUGCAUCAGUUGAUGGACAUUUGGGUUGUUUCCACUUUGGGGCUGUCGUAACUAAUGUUGUUAUGAUAUCUGUGUACAAGUUUUUGUGUGGGUAUAUAUUUUCAUUCUUUUAGGCGUAUACCUAGGAGUAGAAUUGCUGGAUCAUAGGGUAACUAUGUUUAACCUUUGAGGAACUGCUAGACUGUUUUCCAAAUCACCUGUACCAUUUUGUAUUUACACCAGCAGUGUAUGAGGGCUCCAGUUUCUCCAUUCUGUCUAACACUUGUUAUUACUAACUUUUAAAGUAUGGCCAUCCUAGUGGGUAUGAAGUGACAUAUCAAUAUGGUUUUUCUUUACAUUUCUCUUAAUGCCUAAUGAUGUUGAUCAUCUUUUCAUGUGCUUAUUGGCCAUUUGUAUGUGUUCUUCAGAGAAAUGUAUAUUCAGAUCCUUAAAAAGUGGUUAUUUUUUAUCAAAUAUGUGCUCUUUAUAUAUUCUACCUACAAAUCUCUUAUUAGAAACAUUAUUUGUAAAUUUUUUUCCAACUUUAUCAACUGUAUUUUUACUCUUUUUAUGGGGUCCUUUGAAGAACACAUUUUUAAUUGUGACAAUGUAUGUAUUUUUGUUAUUGUUGCUGUGCUUUUGGUGCUAUAUCUAAGAAACCGUUGCUUAUCCAGAGUCAUGAAGACACACUCAUUUUCUUCCAAGAAUUAUACAGUUUUAGGUCUUAUAUUUAGCUCUUUGAUUGAUUUUGAGUUAAUUUUUAUAUGGUGAGGUUGGGGCCCAACUUGAUUCUUUUGCAUGUGGAUAUCCAGUUGUUCCAGUUACAUUUCUCGAAGAGAUUUUUCUUUCCCCAUUGAAUUGUCUUGACCUCAUUGUCAAAAAUCCACUGAUUGUUAAGUGUGAGGGUUUAUUCCCGGAUUCUCCAUCUAUUCCAUUGAUCCAUACAUCAAUCCUAUGCCAGCACCAUGGGUCUUUGGUAGCUUUGCAGGUGUGAAAUCAAGAAAUGUGAGUCCUUCAGUUUAUUCCUCUCAAUAUUUUUUGGCUAUUAUACAUCUCUUGCAUUUCCAUAUGAAUUUUAGGAUCCCACUUAUCAUGGUUGUUUGAUCCUUUUAAUAUAUUGUUGGAGUCAGUUUGCUGGUAUUUUGUUGAGGAUUUUUGCAUCUAUGUUCAUCAGUGAUAUUGGCCUCUAAUUUUCUCUUUUUUAUGGUGUCUUUGUCUAGUUUUGGUAUCAGGGUGAUGGCCUCAUAGAAUGAAUGUGGAAGUGUUCCUUCCUUUGCAAAUUUUUUGGGCUAUUUUAGAAGGAUGGGUGUUAAUUCUUCCUUAAAUGUUUGGUAGACUUUACCUAUGAAGCCAUCUGGUCCUGGAAUUUUGCUCGUUGGGAGAUUUUAUUGUAUUGUAUUAUUUUAUUUUAUUUUUUUAUUCAUCUUUUUGCCAUUUCUAGGGCCGCUUCUGCGGCAUAUGGAGGUUCCCAGGCUAGGGGUCUAAUCAGAGCUGUAGCCACCGGCCUAUGCCAGAGCCACAGCAAUGCCAGAUCUGAGCCGCGUGUCUGCGACCUACACCACAGCUCACGGCAAUGCCGGAUCCUUAACCCACUGAGCAAGGUCAGGGAUUGAUCGCAACCUCAUGGUUCCUAGUCAGAUUUGUUAACCACUGAGCCAUGACGGGAACUCCUGUUGGGAGUUUUUAAAUUAUGGAUUCAAUUUCAGUACUGAUAAUUGGUCUGUUCAUAUUUCUCUUUCUUCCUGAUUCAGCCUUGGGAGAUUGUACCUUUCUAAGAAUUUAUCCAUUUCUUUUAGGUUUCCAUUUCAUUGGCAUAUAGUUGUUCAUGGAUGGUCUUGUGAUCCUUUGUAUUUUUGUAGUGCCAGUUGUGAUUUCUCCUUUUUUGUUUCUGAUUUUAAUUGGUUUGGGCCCUCUCCCCUUUUUCCUUCAUGAGUCUAGCUAAAAUUGUUUUAUCUUUUCAAAGAACCAGCUUUUAGUCUCAUUGAAUUUUCCUAUUUUUUUUAAUCUCUAUUUCAAUUUAUUUCUGCUCUGAUCUUUGAUUUCCUUCCCUCUACUAACUUUGGGUUUUGUUGUUCUUUCUCUAUUGCUUUAGGUGUAAGAUUGGGUUCUUUAUUUGGAAUUUUUGUUUCUUGAAGUAAACUUCACUCUUAGAACUGCUUUUGCUGCAUCCUAUAGCUUUUGGAUUAUUGUGUUUUUGUUUUCAUUUGUCUCUAGGUAUUUUUUUAUUUCCUCUUUGAUUUCUUCAGUGAUCCACUAGAUAUUUGGUAGAAUAUUGUUUAGUCUCUAUGUGUUUGUGGUUUUUGCAAUUUUUUUCUCCUUGUAAUUGAUUUCUGGUCUUACAGUGUUGUGGUCAAAAAAGGUGCUUGCUUGAUUUCAGUUUAAUUUACCAAGGCUCAUCUUGUGGCCUGGCAUGUGAUCUAUCCUUGAGAAUGUUCUACGUGCACUUGAAAGGAAGGUGUAUUCUGGUGCUUUCAUAUGGAAUGCUCUAUAAACGUCCAUUUGCUCUAAUGUCUUUUUUUUUGGGGGGGGGUGUCUUUUUUUUUUCUAGGGCCACACCUGCAGCAUAUGGAGAUAGGGGUCUAAUCAGAGCUGUAGUUGCCAGCCUACACCAGAGCCAUAGCAACGCGGGAUCUGAGCCACGUCUGCAACCUACACCACAGUUCACGGCAACGCUGGAUCCUUAACCCACUGAGCAGGGCCAGGGAUUGAACCCACAACCUCAUGGGUCCUAGUCGGAUCUGUUAACCAUUGAGCCACAACGGGAACUCCCAUCUAAUGUCUCAUUUAAGACCUGUGAUUCCUUAUUGGUUUUUUCUGUGUAGAUGAUCAGUCCAUUGAUGUAAGUGAAGUGUUAAAAGUCCCCUACUAUUUUGUUACCGUCGAUUUCUCCUUUUAAGUCUUAGUAUUUAUCUUCUAUAUUGAGGUGCUGCUAUGUGGGUGUAUAUAUAUUUGCAAUUGUUAUAUCUUCUUGGAUUGAUGCAUUGAUCAUUAUGUGGUGGUGUCCUUUGUCUCUUGUAACAGUCUUUAUUUAGUCUAUUUUGCCUGAGGUAAGUAUUGCUACUCUGGCUCUUUUGAUUUCCAUUUCCAUGGAGUACCUUUUUCCAUCUGCUCGCUUUCAGUCUGUAUGUGUCUGUAGCUCUGAAAUGAGUCUCUUGUAGGCAGGAUGUAAUACAGGUCUUGUUUUUGUAUCCAUUCAGCCAGUCUCUGUCUUUUGGAUGGAGCAAUUUAGUCCAUUUACAUUCAAGGUAAUUGGCAAUAUGUAUAUUCUUACUGCCAUUUCGUUAAUUGUUUUGGAUGUGUUUUUGUAGUCUUUUUCUCUUUUGUUCUCUUGUGAUUUGAUAACAAUCUUUAGUGUCACGUUUGAAUUCCUUUUCCUUUUUUGUGUGUAUUAUCUAUUAUAGUUUUUUUAAGUGGCUGAUCUCCUAAUUUCAAAUGCAUUUGUACUCUCCUCCCCUCACAAUUACUUUGAUCUAUUUUUCAUCUAAUUGUUUUGUGUAUCUCUUAACUGCUUAUUGUGGCUACAGAUGAUUUUUCUACUUUUGUCUUUUCACCUCCCUAUCAGUUUUGUGUGUGGAUGAUUGCCUACCUUUACUGUAUGUUUGCUUUUACCAUUGAACUUUUUCAUUUUGUAAUUUUGUUUCUAGUUGUGGCCUUUUAUUUUGCACUUAGAGAAAAUCCUUUAACAUUUGUUGUAAAGCUGGUUCUACUCUUCCAUCUUCCAAACCUUCUCUGUAGUCUUAUUAAUCCUAAAUAAUUUUUGAUCCUACGAGAAUAUAAUUGUUUUAAUUUUGGAUUUGUUCAUUACUACAGUAUAGAAAUACAGUUGACUUUUAUAUGUUGAUCUUGCAACCUUGCUAAACAUUUGUAAGUUUUAAUAGGUUUUUAGUGUAUUCCUUAGGAUUUUGUAUAUGCAAGAUAUCAUCUGCAGAUAGAGUUUGUUUUACUUCCUUUACAAUCUAGAUGCCUUUUAUUUCACUUUAUUGUCAUACUGCCCUGGCUAGAACCUGCAGUACAGUUAAAUAAAAGUGGCAAGAAUGGA